AUGGUAGAAUCUACAUAAUCACAUAAGAUUACAAUAGUUGAUACUUAGGCCUAUUAAGACUAAAAGGCAGGCACUAGUGGACUUAGAAAAAAGGUCAAGGUGUUUAGAUAAGAAAAUUACUUAGAAAAUUUCGUUUAAUCUAUAUUCUUAUCUCUUUCUGAGGAAGAAUACAAAGGAAAGGCUUUGGUAAUCGCUGGAGAUGGAAGAUUCUAUAAUGAUGUUGCUACCUAAAUUAUUAUUAGACUAGCAGCUGCCAAUGGUGUAGGCCAUGUAUAUGUAGGUCAACAUGGUCUCCUCUCAACUCCAGCUGCAUCUGCCUUUAUUAGAAAGUUGAAUGCCGACAAUGGUGAAAAUUAUUGUGUAGGAGGUGUUCUAUUGACUGCAAGCCAUAACCCAGGUGGAGAAGAUGAAGAUUUCGGUAUCAAAUUCAAUUCGAAGAGUGGAGGUCCAGCUCUUGAAAACUUCACCAAUCUCAUCUAUGAGCAUACUAAAAAGAUUCAAUAAUACAGGAUAUCUCACCUGGGAAAUGAUAUUGAUUUGGCCACAAUUGCAGAUCACAAUCUUGGAAAAGUUGAGGGAUUCGAUCAUGAUUUCAGAGUAACUGUAGCCAGUUCAACCGAUAUUUACUACGAUCUCUUGAAAACUCUAUUUGACUUUGAUGAUUUAAAGGCUUUCGUUUCAAGACCAGAUUUUAGAAUGGUCUUCGAUGGUAUGCAUGGAGUCUCAGGACCUUAUGCUUAAUUGUUAUUCCAAGAAGUUUUGGGAGUACCACAAGAUAAUUUAUUCAGAUGUAAUGUCCUUCCAGAUUUCGGACACGGUCAUCCAGAUCCUAAUCUCACUUAUGCUGCUGACUUAGUCAAGACAAUGGGAAUAUUCGAUAAUAAAGAAGAUGCACCUGAUUUCGGAGCUGCUUGUGAUGGAGAUGCUGAUAGAAACAUGGUUCUUGGAAAGAACUUCUUUGUUACUCCCUCUGAUAGCAUUGCUAUAAUCACAGCAAAUUACAAGAGUAUUCCAUUCUUAAAGAGUGGCAUCAGUGGAGCAGCUAGAAGUAUGCCCACAUCUGGAGCUCUUGACAGAGUUACUGAAAAACUUGGAAUUCCAGUUUAUGAAACCCCAACUGGGUGGAAAUUCUUCGGAAACCUCCUCGACAAUAAUAUGAUUAGUCUCUGUGGAGAGGAAAGCUUCGGAACAGGAAGUUUCCAUGUUAGAGAAAAGGAUGGAGUGUGGGCUGUUCUUUGUUGGUUAUCAAUAUUAGCAGAUAAGAAUAGAGGCACUGAGCAAUUAGUCUCAGUUGCAGACAUUGUCAGAGCACAUUGGAAUGAAUACGGUAGAAACUACUAUCAAAGAUACGACUAUGAGAAUCUUGAGAAUGCUGAUGCAGACAAGGUUUUCAAGCAAUUAGAAUCAUAAAUGAGUGUCUUUGAGACUGAAAGUGAGGGAAAUACUGCUGUUAACUUUAGCUACACUGACCCAGUAGACCAAAGUGUCAGCUUGAAUCAAGGUUAUAUUUUCAAAUAUGCAGAUGGCUCAAGAUUCGUUUUCAGAUUAUCUGGAACAGGCUCAUCAGGUGCAACUAUUAGAAUUUAUCUUGAAAAGUACAGCAAUGAUCCAUCUCUAGUUGUCGAGGAAGCCUUAAAGUCAAUUGCUGAGAGAGCUUUAUCUGCCUCAUAGAUUCAACAACUUACUGGAAGAGAGAGACCAACAGUCAUUACAUGA